AUGUACACGUGUCAGAUAUCUACGUUGAAGUUGAUAGUGAUAUGCAACAUCGGUGGGCUUGGUCUCUUGAUUCUUCUGGUCAAUCUUUUGGUUCCAAAACAACACCGCGUCUCAACCAUUGGAUGGGUUUGUGCUGCUUACAGUCUCGCAGUCUUUGCUGCUCCCUUGAGCGUCAUGAGAAAGGUCAUAAGGACAAAGAGUGUGGAGUACAUGCCGUUUCUUCUCUCCUUGUCUCUCACUCUUAACGCCGUCAUGUGGUUCUUUUAUGGACUUCUUAUCAAGGACAAGUUCAUUGCUAUGCCAAACAUUCUCGGUUUUCUAUUCGGUGUAGCUCAGAUGAUAUUAUACAUGAUGUAUCACGACCCGAAGAAAACGGAUUUGCCAAACCUCACAUCUACUGAGAACCAACCAACAAAUAAAACCAAUGUGAACGAUGUCCCGAUCGUGGCUCUUGAACUGCCUGAUGUGAUAUCAAACAAUGUUGAAGGACCUGUGAAGAUUCCUAACUCAAGCACGUCUUGA